AUGAGAAAUCCAACACCAUCGCCCAACGCGAAAGUGAUCUUUCAAACGAUGUUAAUGAGCGAUUUACAUUUGGAAUACAACGAUCGUGAUUUAUCGGAUUUUCCGGUUGUCGCACCGUAUUUAAUACUCGCUGGUGAUAUUGGUCGACCGGAUAUAGCGUCAUUAGAAAAAUAUCUUCUCAUUCAAUGUCAACGAUUCGAACAUAUUUUCUACGUUGCUGGAAAUCAUUGUUUCUACGAAGGAGAAUAUGAAGAUCGUCUUGAACAACUUUAUCGAUUGAAUAAUUUGGAUUCUCGAAUUCAUUUUCUACAAAGUGAUACUUAUCUUCUUCCGAAUAAAAUUCGAAUUCUUGGUACGAUUCUUUGGUCUCAUAUACCAGAAGAAACAGCUAGUCAUAUAGAAAAAACACAUGCAGAUUAUCGACGAAUCGAACGAGUGUGUGAAGAAAAUCGCGUCAGAUUCCGACGAAAACUUACAGUGAAUGAUACGAACCAAUGGCACACCCAACAACAUUUCUGGUUAUUACAAGAAAUCGACCGAGCUCGACAAAAUCACGAACAUGUGAUUAUCAUUACUCAUCACGCCCCUUCUCGUCGUGAUACUUGUUUACAAGCAGAUAUCGAUAUCGGUCAUGAACAUGCAUAUAUCAACGAUUUAGAAGCCGAAUGUCUCGAUCCCGUUCGCUUAUGGGUCUAUGGUCAUACACAUCGAUCAACUGAUAUGUUGAUCAAUUCCACACGAGUUGUCAGUAAUCAAUUAGGAUAUCAAGGAGAAAAUUGCGGAUAUCGACCGAAUAUGUGUAUUUGUUUAUAUGAUGAUGGAACAGUUAUUGUCAACGAUAAGAUAUAA